AUGGAACAUUUCUCCGACACUGAUUCGGAACACCACUCCAGUAUAGUGGGGGCGGGUUAUACAAGGCCCGCCACUGAACGUACCCCGAAUGAUAAUAAUGAAUCAAAUACUUAUCAGCCGAGACGUAACUCAGUACGGGAACGGAAAGCUCCGAUCAUAUAUGGAUACAACAUUCAGCAUGAUACAACACUAACAGAACCAACAAACUAUCAACAAGAGAUGAACAAUCCUGACUCUGAAAAAUGUCAGAAUGCCAUAAAGGUUGAACUCGACUCACUUGCAAGGAAUAACACCUGGGACAUGGUUAACACACUGGAUUACCGCAAAUUAGUCGACUGCAAAUGGGUAUAUAAAAUUAAACUCGGGCCCGAUGGCAACCCCAUACAGUACAAAGCCCGACUAGUCGCAAAGCGUUUUUCACAGAUCCCUGGUCAAGAUUUCGAUUAA